AUGCGACCGGCUUUGAAUCGAUUAUUGAAAAGGCCGUCUGCCCUCUCGAUAAUCGACAGCCUCAUCACAACUUCAAUCGGAAUCGAGCAGUUGGAAUUCCGAUACACGCGCCUACAAUGCCAAUCACGAUGUCAGUCAAAAUGUGCCAGUCAACCCAAACUGGCCGAUAACAAAGAUACCGGCGUUUCACACCAGGAGAAGACGAGCAAUCCAUGGCUGAGCAAAUCGAAGACAAAGCCUCUCAGUUUCUCUAUAUACGACAUUGAACCAAAUACCCCUUCACCCGAACCUUCCUUUCGCGCAAACGACUCUGCCCCGAGCGGAACUCCAGAAUGUAUCACCAAAUCCCUACGACUCGACCCGGAAAGGCUGGAAUUCGAGUCAGACAUCGGACACUCCAAGGACCUCGGUACACGAUUAGUGGACCUCCCAGAACAUAGGAACAACUUUGAGCUUUGGGAAGAACUGCUUCGUUUUCGCCAGCGCCAAUAUGGGGAUCAUGGUACAAAGGUUAUUUGGGACGGAAUCACAAACCGUGCGGGUGGGGUGAAGUUGCCUCUGACGGGAAAGCACGCGGAUUUCUUCUGGCAAAGUUUCGUGGACCUGGGACUGAAACGGGAGACAUUCCUAAAAGAAGUCCUGGACUAUGCAGUAAUUCUUGGGGGUAGUGAUGGCUGCUGCUGGUCAGGACUCUAUGAGAGAGUGGUGGGUGGUCUUCUGGAACGAGACAUGAAGAAACAGGCCAUUGAUUGGCACCGAAAGCUUCAAGAUUCUCAGCUGGCGAGCCCCAGUGACCUCUUACGAAUAAUUCCAUACGCCAUACCCCCGCCAAUUGUGCCUGCCGUUAAUGAUGUGCUAUUGUUUGCCACCCCUCGCCCCACGCUACAGUCCAAGACACCAUUAAUGCGGAUCAAAACCCUGAAAGCUCUAUGUCGCGGAAUUGAUCAUCGCAUAUACGGCCCUGUCAUUUUAAGUCUACUGGAGCAAGGCUAUGGAGAAGAUGCAUUAGCAAUGCAUGGCUGGUUGAUUGCUCGCCGCGACCACCCCCAAUCAAUGCAGGAGCUAGAACAUUUAUUGGAAUAUACAAGGAAGUACGGGCUUCGUCAGGAAUAUGACAAUCUCCGAGAUUAUGCCCAACUUCAGUUUCCGUCGGACAAUCCCGAACAAAAUAUGUCACAAGGACAGCAAGCAAGCGAAAAGGAUACCAAAUCUGGCAGCUCACGGAAACGUGAAUACAAAGACGACAUCGCUGCCAGGUUGUUUGCCACUCGUGCUCUCAAUUUCGACAUGGUUAUCGGUGGUCUGAGAAUGCUCGGCAUUUCCAAAAUCGGCCCACGAACCUUACGGGAGAUGGCCGUGAGAGCCCACGACAGCCAGGAAAUUUUAACAAAUCUCAAAUUGCUUCGCCAGGCUGGUAUCACCACCACGGACAGUGUCUUCGCGAAACUGGUACCAAAGCUUGCAGCCCAGACUCGCGAAUUCCUGCUUUCCGACUUGUUACAGAGCGAUCAGCAUCCUGAUACUCUGGAAGAUGCCAAGCUACAGGAAUCACUCUUGAUCUCAUACUACAUGGCUCGUGACUCACGUCAGUACAACAUGUCAUUAGCCAUAUUGGCAGAGCAUUUCCCGGAUUCUACAGGCUUACUUGAUAUUCACUUCCGAAAACAUCUGGCUACUGGAGAGCUAAGUGCUGCUUCCAAAGUGGUAGAUGAGCUCACAUUACUUGGGAAGACCCUGAGCGAGGACAGUGUGGACUUUAUGGCCGAAAAGGUCUUGCCAUCUCGCCGAAUGCAUCAUAGACCACAAGUGACCCCAGGGCUACCUGCCCAUGAUGCAGCGAUUUUUGUGUUCAAGGUUCUUCAGCGCGUGGUCCCCACCGGCUGCUAUGUUAGCCCGGCUUUCUGGCAAGAACUUCUCAAGCGGUUCGGCAUGGGCAACCAUUGGGAUGAAUUACGAGAAUGCUCUAUGUGGCUUGUUGACCAAUACACCCACAGACCGGAAGAGAAGGGGAAACACCGAGGAAUCCUUUCUUCUCAGCAAAUGCCCACCAUUCGAUCAGAUAAUCGAGUGCUUGGUCUUAUCUUUGACGAGGAAAUGCAACAAGCCAUCAUUUCCUGGGGCUUCAAGUUGCGUGUGACGCGUGCCACCACAAACGAAAUCUAUUGUCCACACCCCGCCACCGGUGCCAAGCUCAUUGCUUGGACACGAGGCUUAAUACUUCUACGGGAGCUUGAGGAAGCCGGUCUUGCUCUUCGGCUAGGCCCAAUCCGCCGUGCGACUCAGAUCCGCUUGAACCUACUGUUUGGAGUGUAUUGCCAUUCUGCGGUCCGCUUCAACCGUAUGCUGCGGAGGGUCAACCCAUACAAUCAAGAUCAGGUUUAUAAGGACAUCAAUCUUGCCUGGGGCCAGUCUCUAUUCGAGGGCAAGGAACACUCGGAACCAGAGAAGCUUCUGAACCCUCCACGCUCACCCUUUUCUCUGAGGAACACAGCCAAGGUCAUGUUGUCUAAAAGGCGAGCUCGAUGA